GAUUAAAUAAUAUCGAAUUGGAAAUAUUUUUUGGUUCACAACGCUAAUUGUUUUUAUGAUUUUUUGAGUAAAAUUUUUAGGGAAAAUCUCUUUUUUCCUCAAAUCUUUUGUAGAUAAUUUACACUAGAAUUUCACUAGUUUAUUUCCUGGUGAAGGUGUCGCCGAAGAAAACUGCCAAGGUCUCUUAAAUAAUUUAGAAGAAGGAGAAAGGAAUUUUCAUAUCUCUAUUUUUGAGGAUUUUGAUCACAAAAAAUGCUAAAUUGCUACAAUCGUGGCUGUGGGCAGUCUUUUGAUCCGGAGAAAAACACCGAAGAAUCCUGCCGCUACCAUCCGGGAGAUCCGUAUUUUCAUGACGCCUACAAGGGGUGGAGUUGCUGCAAAAAGAAAAGCGUGGACUUUACGGAAUUUCUCAAUAUUAAGGGUUGCACCGUGGGGAAGCAUUCGAAUGAGAAACCACCGGAACCCGAGAAGCCGGAUAAGAAGGAAUGCACAGUGGAGGAAGUGAAGGAAAUCCGACCUCCAAUUAGGCCUUCAAUGAUGGAGAGACCUUCCUUCGAUGCACCCCUUACUGCUCUCCAGCUCACAGUGGCACCGUCGCUGAAGCAACAAAUAGAUGCUCUGGCUCCUGCAGUUGUGAAGGAUGCUGAUGCCAAUGCAACAAUUGCCGUGGGUACAACGUGCAAGAAUCGUGGCUGUGGCGGUACAUACUCAUCGCCAGAAUCCAAUGAAGAGGAUUGCAUCCAUCAUCCGGGUGUACCCGUAUUCCAUGAGGGGCUCAAAUAUUGGUCGUGCUGUACAAAAAGAACAACUGACUUUGCUGCCUUCCUUGCCCAAAAGGGCUGCAGCUUGGGUCAUCACAAGUGGGUUGCAGAUGGAGAUAAAGAGGCCGUUAAAUGCCGCUAUGAUUGGCACCAAACUGCUACCAGUGUUGUCGUUGCAGUCUAUGCAAAGAUGUACGACUACACCAAGAGCUACGUUAAGGUGAAUCCCAUUAGGCUGCAGGUGUGUUUAGUAUUCCCACAGCAAAACAAUGGGCAAUUCAACUUGGAUCUAGAGCUACGGGGUAUCAUCGAUGUAGCCAAGUCUUCGGUGGAUAUGUUCUCCACGAAGGUUGAGAUCAAAUUCACCAAAGCCGAGCCUGGUUCCUGGCCAAAAUUGGACAUCCCACGCGCUGUGGAAAAACCUUCAGAAGCACCACCAGCUGUGAAUACAGUAGAAAAGUUAGUUAACAAAGUGAAUCUGGAGGAGUCUGAUGAUUCCGACGUGGAUCUCGAUGACAUCGAAGCUCUAAGGCCGGGCGCAAAGAUUACAGAACUCGAUUGAAAUCUUUUCUUUCUUACCCGACGAAUAGUUUAUUGAGUGAGAGUGAAAAAUAAUAAUGUAACAGAGAAGGCGGAUACGAUAUGGAGGAAACGAAUGGCAUUUACUCUUAA